CAGGGCCGGGCCGGGCCGGGCAGCGCGGGAGGGGCCGCUGCCCUCUGCCCCGGUGUUCACGUCCGCGUUCCCCGGCUGAUUCGAAGAGGAGGAGGGAGGCGGGGCCGGGCCGGGCCUGCGGGGCGGCAGCGAUCCCGGUCUGUCCGGAGCUGCUGGCCGGGCUGCGGGUGGUUCCCGGGAGGCUCUUCCCCGGGCGGCGGGUGUCGACAUGGAUGAAGAAGGCAACAACACCAGCCUUGAGGCUGUGUUACCAGCAGGUGGAACACCAAUUAUUCAGUUUGUAGAAGACAGAAUACAGACAACUAUGCUGACUGGGAUUGCAAUUGGAGCUGCAGUUGCACUCUUAUUUAUAGCUGUGGUUGUGUUUGUUGUUUACAGAAGAGUGAAACAAUCUAGACAACUCCAGCCACACGUGCCCCAGUACAGGUUUCGCAAGCGAGACAAGGUGAUGUUCUAUGGGAGGAAGAUCAUGAGAAAGGUUACCACUCUCCCCAACUCUCUGGUUGGGAACACUGUGCCUCGCCAGCGGAUGCGGAAGCGGGCAAAAGUUUUAUCUUUGGCUAAAAGGAUUCUGCGUAUUAAGAAGGAAUGUCCAACUCUCCAGCCUAAAGAACCACCUCCCUCUUUGCUAGAGGCAGAUCUGACUGAAUUUGAUGUGAAGAAUUCCCAUUUGCCAUCAGAAGUCCUAUACAUGCUUAAAAAUGUUAGGGUUCUUGGCCACUUUGAGAAACCUCUUUUCCUGGAACUGUGCAAACACAUGUUUUUUGUGCAGCUGCAUGAAGGUGAAUACAUCUUUCGUCCUGGGCAGCCAGACAACAGCAUCUACGUUGUGCAGGAUGGCAGGCUGGAAGUUUGCAUUCAAGAAAGUGAUGGAACAGAAGUGGUUGUUAAGGAGGUGCUGGCAGGAGACAGUGUCCACAGCCUUCUCAGCAUUCUUGAUGUUAUCACGGGUCAUCCUGCUCCUUACAAGACAGUCUCAGCCCGAGCAGCCAUUCCAUCCACUAUACUGAGACUUCCAGCAAGUGCCUUUCAAGAUGUCUUCCAGAAAUACCCUGAAACUCUUGUUAGGGUGGUACAGAUCAUCAUGGUGAGGCUGCAGAGAGUGACAUUCCUUGCUUUGCACAACUACCUUGGGCUGACUACUGAGCUCUUCAAUUGUCAGAGCCAAGCCAUCCCGCUCAUCUCUGUGGCAAGUGUAACAUCUGGAGGAAGUUCAAGCAAAGCAGUAAAAAGACAAGUGUCCAACAUAUCUGAAGAAGAUCGUGGAGAGAAGUUUGAAAAAGCUGGGGAAGCUCUGGAAAUAGGUGCAGCUUGUGGAGAUACAUUGAAGAUUCCUGGUACAGAAAACUCUGAGCAUGUUUUCAGAAGAAGCCUUUCUUCACCCCCCUAUGCAGGGUCUCCAGAAUCUUUUACUAAUUCCAGCAGUGCCAAGACAGACAUGGACAUGGCCUAUGAGAGAGCCCGGGUGCACUUUGGCUCUGAGGACACUGCCAGCAGCCCUGUGGUGGGCAAGUCCAUACUGAAGAAGACUGUGACAGUGACAGAAACUCCUUCAGCAGUUUUCCACUACAGUGCUGUGCAGGAUUCCUGUAACAGCAAACAUAUUGAUGCCAUUGUUGAAGCAGCCAAGAAAGACCUCUCAACCCUGAUGAAACUUGAUGAUCCUUCGUUGUUGAAUGGCAAAGUGACCCUGCACCAGGUAACUGCUGGGACUGUGCUGUCAAGGCAAGGGGAUCAGGAUGUUAAUGUUUGCUUUGUGGUCUCGGGGAUGCUCCACGUGUACCAGCGGAAGAUCGACUCGGAGGAGGACACCUGCCUCUUCAUCACCCAUCCAGGAGAACUUGUAGGCCAGCUUGCUGUCCUGACUGGGGAACCACUGAUUUUCACCAUCAAGGCCAAUCGUGACUGCAGCUUCCUGUCUAUCUCCAAGUCCCAUUUCUAUCAGAUAAUGCGGGAGCAGCCCAGUGUAGUUCUGGGUGUGGCCCACACUGUUGUCAAGAGAAUGUCCCCCUUUGUCAGGCAAAUUGACUUUGCCCUGGAUUGGAUGGAGGUUGAGGCUGGACGAGCUGUUUACAGGCAGGGUGACAAGUCCGACUGCACUUACAUCGUGUUGAACGGUCGACUUCGCUCAGUCAUACGAAUGGAUGAUGGAAAAAAGCACCUGACUGGGGAAUAUGGGCGAGGAGACUUGAUUGGAGUGGUAGAGGCUCUAACCCGUCAGCCUCGAGCCACAACCGUACACGCGGUGCGAGACUCCGAGCUGGCCAAGCUCCCCGAGGGAGCCCUGACAUCCAUCAAACGCAAGUUCCCCCAGGUUGUGACUAGACUUAUUCACUUACUGGGGGAAAAGAUUCUUGGCAGUCUUCAGCAGGGAGGUCACCCUCUUGGAUUACAUAGCUCCAGCAGCAAGUGGGAUGCUGGAAAUCCUGCCAGCAAUCUCUCCACAGUGGCUAUUAUGCCAGUGUCUGAAGAGGUGCCACUUACAGCUUUUACUCUGGAGCUCAAGCACGCGCUCAGUGCCGUGGGUCCUGCUCUGCUGCUCACCAGUGACAACAUCAAACAGCGCCUCGGCUCUGCUGCGCUGGACAGUACCCACGAGUACCGGCUGACCAGCUGGCUGGGGCAGCAGGAGGACAUCCACCGCAUCGUGCUGUACCAGGCAGACAGCAGCCUCACCCCCUGGACCCAGCGCUGCAUCCGCCAGGCCGACUGCAUCCUCAUCGUGGGGCUGGGAGACCAGGAGCCCACUGUGGGAGAGCUGGAGAGGAUGCUGGAGAACACGGCGGUGCGAGCCCAGAAGCAGCUUGUCCUGCUCCAUAAGGAGGAUGGGCCUCUCCCUUCCCGGACCGUGGAAUGGCUCAACAUGCGGAGCUGGUGUUCUGCUCAUCUUCACCUCCGCUGUCCACGCAGAGUCUUCUCCAAAAGAAGUCUGCCCAAGCUGAUAGAGAUGUACGAGCGCGUCUGCCAGAAGCCACCCGACCGUCACUCCGACUUCUCCCGCCUGGCUCGUGUUCUGACCGGAAACGCCAUCGCGCUGGUGCUCGGGGGCGGCGGAGCGAGGGGAUGCUCCCAAGUGGGAGUUAUCAGAGCCCUGAUUGAAGCUGGGAUCCCUGUUGAUAUGAUUGGAGGAACAUCUAUUGGUGCAUUCAUGAGUGCCUUGUACGCCGAGGAACGCAGCUACAACCAGAUGAGGAUCAAAGCCAGGCAGUGGGCCAUGGUUAUGAACUCAGUGCUUAAGACUAUUCUAGACUUGACAUAUCCAAUAACCUCUAUGUUCUCUGGAGCAGCUUUUAACAAAAGCAUCAACAACAUCUUCAAAGAUAAGCAGAUAGAGGAUUUGUGGAUUCCUUACUUCACCAUCACAACAGACAUCACUGCCUCAGCCAUGAGGGUCCACACGGAUGGCUCCCUGUGGAGGUAUGUCCGUGCCAGCAUGUCCCUCUCUGGGUAUAUGCCUCCUCUCUGUGACCCAAAGGAUGGGCAUCUUCUGAUGGAUGGAGGUUAUAUCAACAAUCUUCCUGCUGACGUUGCCAAGUCCAUGGGCGCAAAGGUGGUGAUCGCCAUCGACGUGGGGAGCCGGGACGAGACAGACCUCACCAACUAUGGGGACUGCUUGUCUGGCUGGUGGCUGCUCUGGAAGAAGUGGAAUCCACUGGCCGAGAAAGUCAAGGUGCUGAACAUGGCGGAGAUCCAGACGCGGCUGGCGUACGUGUGCUGCGUCAGGCAGCUGGAGAUGGUGAAGAGCAGCGACUACUGCGAGUACAUCCGCCCGCCCAUCGACCGCUACCGCACCCUGGACUUCGGCAAGUUCGAUGAAAUCUGUGAAGUGGGAUAUCAGCAUGGGAAAACAGUAUUUAAUGUCUGGUGCAGGAGUGGAGUCCUUGACAAGAUGCUGACAGACAGACAAGAGACUUGCAAAUCCAAAACUGAGAACAUGACCUGUCCCACCACCUCUUUCACGGACCUGGCAGAAAUCGUGUCCAGGAUUGAGCCUGUGAAGGCCCCCCUGGCAGAUGAUGAAUCAGACUACCAGACUGAAUAUGAGGAAGAAAUUCUGGACAACCAGAAGGAUGAUUAUAUUGAUUUUGUGAGCAACCAGGCUGAGGAGGAUUCUGACUCGGAUGAAGAUGUGCAGAUCAGGAAGCGCAGGAAUCUCCCCAGGGUGGACGGCCUGGCAGGCAGCACAGGAGAGCCAGGCUAGGGCUCAGAAGGGUCUUGCUGGCUGAGAGCUCUGCCCCGCCCCUGCUGACAGCAGCCAUAUUUAUUUAUUAAAUAUAUAUUUUUAAAAGCAAAAGUUGCAAUUAAGGAAACUUUCCCCCUCCUGGCAGGGCGUGGGGCAUUCAGCAGCCAGCCCUGAGCACAAGCAGCUGCAUCACACUUGAGUCCCUUUGGACCCUCCAUGAGGGGUGGCUGCCACGUGCCACCUCCUGCCAUGUGCCACCUUUACACAGGUGCCAGCAGGAGCAGCUGGUUAUUAAUCAUUCUGAGACUGGCAGAGGGGAAACAUGCUGGGAACGUGCAGUUGAGUCUGCCUUGAUUUUUGCUGCUGUGUGUUCUAGUCGCUGUUUUCACUGUGAAGGCCCCAGGAAGGGUUGGGAUGUUCUCCUGCCGUUGCUGAGAAGGCUCCAAGCAGCAGCACUAGAGAGAAGGAGGGGUUUGUGGGUCAAGCAGCCUUGCUUCAUAUGAAUCAGGUAACUGUGUGAUUAACUCCUCAGUGACUUCCAACCACCUGCUUGUGAGCUCUGACAGGAGCAGGGCUGAAUGUAUUUCACUUGAAAUCUAAACCUAAGAAAUCAAGUCACGUGGCUCUAGAGCCUGUGUCCUCAAGCCAUCAGCACAACACUUACUGAUCAUGGAGCUGACACUUGCUGGGCAACUCUGGAAUGAUUCCUUGGCUGUAUUUGCCCUGUGAAAUAAAUCUAUUUUUCUGGCUUGAAA